UUCACCAUACAGUGUUAUCGCCGUGGUCCCUCCUGCAGCAGCAGAUAACAACAACAAUGGCUGAUCCUAGGACGGAAGUUCGCAACGACGCUGAUUUGCCCGUCGCUGUGGCUGCCCCAGACCCUAAAAACGUGCAGGAACUCACCAAAUAUGUGACGGUGUUGCUACAGCAAAUGCAGGAGCGAUUUCAGACCAUGUCUGACCAGAUUAUAUCAAGAAUAGAUGAAAUGGGAACCCGUAUCGACGAUUUGGAAAGAAAUAUUGCCGACCUAAUGACACAAGCUGGGCCAGAAGAAGUAGAUAAGUGAAAUUAUGUUUAUAUAAGUACUAUGUAUGUGAUUUUAAGAAGAGUGAAGCAGGUUGUAUGAAGAACGAUCUUUUUAACAGAUUGCAUAUAUACUUAAAGAUCCAUUGUUAUUUUUUCUAAAAUACAUCAGUUUUACAAUUAAGGAAGUAAGAUAACUUUGAUAGGUGCACUAUGAAUUUAAUUAUUGCCAACAAAUGCUGUAAGAACUCGAAAGUAAAGGAAAUAAGUUUAGAAACAAGACAUGUCUAUUUGCCUGUUGUUAUUGAAUAGUUGUUGCAGCCCUGGAUUCCCUCAUUAAUGUAUGAAGCAAUGUAUGUAAUUCAUUCUAACCUCUCACAAUGUAAGCAGGUCUGUCAGCUAAUCAUGUUUACUUUGUCAGUUGUGUCUUGCAACAACAAUGUCUUUGUCAAGUUGUGUUCCAACUUUUUUGGUGAUUUGUCAAGGAUAUAAGAAAAGGUUUGCUAGAUAUUUGGUGGUAAUCUUCUAGAAGGUUUUGUCAUUAAUGUAAAGUCAUUAGAUGCUCCUCUUGAUGUAUUAUAUAUAUAUAACUUCAUAUGUAUUACUUAAUUUAUUCAUGUAAUUUCACAUGCAUUUCUAUGCUAAUAUUUGUAAUACAUUUCUAGUAUCUUUGCAUACACAUGAUAUCACACUUUGUAGAGGGAGAGAAAGAACCCCUCAAAAACAGUAUCAAUUGAUAAUUAAAUGGAUUUUUUUUCUUUUUGACACAAUAAAAUGAAAAAUAUACU